AUGGUUCUUAUAUCUAUUAAGUGUUUAUUAUUUUUUAUGUGCUUAUUUGUUUGUAAUUACGAAUCCUACAAUAAUCCUUUUGAACAAAGAAUAUAUAAAAACAAGAAUUUAAUAAAUAACAGAAUAAAUAGAAAACUAGCAACGUUAAACAGUACACAAAAUAGAAGAAAUUUAGGAAAGACAAAAUUAAAUUUAAAAUGUAAAGAUGAUUUAAAUGAAAGUAAAAAUUGUAUAACAAUAAGCGACAAAAAGGGAAAGAAAGAAAAUAAAGAAAAUAACAAUAAUAAUAAUAAAAAUAAUAAUAUAUUUAAUAAUUCUAACGAUAAUAAUUAUGAUGUAUAUGACAUAGAGGAAGAAGUAAAAAAAACAUACGAUAAUCUAGAACAAUUAAUAGAACAAAAUGUAGAUGAACCUGAAGAAAUAUAUAAUAAGGAGAAAAAAUCAUUUUUUAAAAGAUCUUUUUUAUUAUUAAAAAUAUUUGAUAAUAUUUUUAUACAAAAAACCAUAGACAGUCGAGCACAAAACCAAAGAUCUGAUAUACAUGAAGAUAUAAAAGCAAAUUUAUGUAUACUUUCUGCUGGUAUCCCGAUGACAGCAAUACCAAUAUAUAUGUAUCUAAUAAAAAGAAUGGAUUUUUUCUGCAUUAAACCUUUAACUGAAUAUUAUUAA